CAUCAAUCAGUCUUCGGUUUCAGUGUGUCUCUAUCAGAGUAACGCUACAAUGGCUGCGUUGAGAAGGUUAAACCCUAGAUUUAUCGCUCUAGCCAUUCAGCUUUGUCUCCUCGUUGCUCUCGUCUCCGCCGAAGUUAUCUUCGAAGAGCGUUUUGAUGAUGGGUGGGAAAAUCGCUGGGUCAAGUCUGACUGGAAGAGAGAUGAGAAUAUGGCUGGAGAGUGGAAUUAUACCUCUGGUAAAUGGAAUGGAGAUCCAAAUGACAAAGGUAUUCAGACUAGUGAAGACUACAGGUUUUAUGCCAUUUCAGCUCAGUUUCCUGAGUUCAACAACAAGGGCAAGACCCUAGUUUUCCAAUUUUCAGUUAAGAAUGAGCAAAAGCUUGACUGUGGUGGUGGAUACAUGAAAUUGCUCAGUGGUGAUAUAGAUCAAAAGAAAUUUGGGGGUGAAACCCCAUACAGUAUUAUGUUUGGACCAGACAUCUGUGGCUACAACACAAAAAAGGUCCAUGCUAUUAUUACUUAUAAUGGGACAAACCACUUGAUUAAGAAGAAUGUCCCAUGUGAGACUGACCAACUGACUCAUGUCUAUACCUUCAUCAUCCGCCCCGAUGCUACAUAUAGUAUUCUCAUUGACAAUGAGGAGAAGCAGACAGGUAGCUUGUACAAGGAUUGGAGUCUGCUCCCACCAAAGAAAAUUAAGGAUCCAGAAGCCAAGAAACCUGCAGAUUGGGAUGAGAAUGAAUACAUAGAUGACCCUGAAGAUAAGAAGCCAGAGGGGUAUGAUGACAUCCCCAAGGAGAUUCCUGAUUCUGAUGCUAAGAAGCCUGAGGACUGGGAUGAUGAGGAGGAUGGUGAGUGGACAGCCCCAACCAUUGCUAACCCUGAGUACAAGGGGCCGUGGACGCCAAAGAAAAUUGAGAACCCCAACUACAAGGGAAAGUGGAAGGCACCUAUGAUUGAUAACCCAGACUUCAAAGAUGACCCGGAUCUCUAUGUUUUCCCAAAUUUGAAGUAUGUGGGCAUUGAAUUGUGGCAGGUGAAAUCUGGAACUUUGUUUGACAAUGUUUUGGUAUGUGAUGAUCCUGAGUAUGCAAAGAAGCUGGUUGAAGAGACAUGGAGCAAGAAUAAGGAUGCUGAGAAGGCUGCAUUUGAGGAGGAUGAAAAGAAGAUGGCCGAUGAGGAAUCCAAGGAUGAUCAAGUUGAAUCUGAUGCCGAGGAUGAAGAUGAUGAUGCCGAUGAAGAUGAUGAUGCCAAUGCAAAAUCAGAUUCCAAAGAAGAUGUACAUGAUGAACUCUGAUCGCCAAGGUUGAUGUAAUCACAAUGAGCUUCCUUCACUCUUUGGCAGUUGCACUUAUAAAUUUCUACUUUAGAUUUUUUACGGUAGCUUCGGUUUUAGACACACUUUGAGGCUGUGCAUGAAGGCUGUGGUUUAUUAAUGUGGACUAGAGUUACAGAAUUAUCUGUUAAAUAUUUCGUGAAGCUGCCUGGGGAUUUUUUUAAUGCUCAUGGUUUAUGAAUGAAACGUAGUCUUUAAUGCUCUAAACAAAUUA